UUCACUCGUUGAGUGACGUCCUGCUAGAAAGCGGGACCAGCCCUCCUGUCGCCAUUUUUCUCUCCAACCCUCGCACUUCUGGUUUCCUGAGCGAGCGGAGGACAAAAUCAAAAAUAACGGCAAGUUGAUGACAAAAUAUCGGUCAGGUCAGGAUAGUGCGCCAGCGGUAAGGGAAUGCAGCCCCUGAGAUGCACCAGCGGCGGAUAAACGGCUGUUCUCAAGUCACUUUUUGUGUGAAGACGUGUUGCGGGCCGCCAUUUUUUCCUGCGCUGCCUAUGAAGUCUGCUCGAACCCGAGAGAGGGAACUCACCGACCUGCCUUACCGUUAAACCGAGAGGAUUUGAAGCGGAACGAAAAGGAGGAAGCUUAAUCGAUCAUUUCUUGCUUUCGGGCCCUUCUCGGUGUUUUUUGUUUCGUCGACGAAGCUGCGUUUCUACAGAAAUCACUGGAAAACGUACAGGGGCGACGAAUGCCCUGCCCUGAACCUAUUGAAUCCUCUACUUUGGAUCAACGCUGAGCUUUCUUUUAUUUAUAUUUAUAUAAUUUAUUUUUUGGUGGGGAAACAGACAUGUCAACGGCUCGGUUCGACUCUUGUGAUCGGUCCUCCUGGUAUUUUGGACCGGUUUCUCGACAGGAGGCACAGAACAGGUUACAGGGACAGAGGCAUGGGAUGUUUCUGGUUCGAGACUCCUCUACCUGCCCCGGGGACUAUGUCCUGUCUGUGUCUGAAAACUCCAAAGUGUCUCACUAUAUCAUUAACUCUUUGCCCAGCAAAAAAUUUAAGAUAGGCGAUCAGGAGUUUGAUAACCUCCCUGCUCUUCUGGAGUUCUACAAAAUCCACUAUCUGGAUACAACUACGCUAAUAGAGCCUGCCCCCAGGUAUCCAAGCACGAUCACUGGACCCAUCCAGACAAUGGUCGGUCCCGAAGAGAACCAGGAGUAUGUGAGAACAUUAUACGACUUCACGGGAAGCGACGCCGAGGACCUCCCGUUCAAGAAGGGGGAGGUUCUUAUCAUCCUUGAGAAGCCAGAGGAACAGUGGUGGAGUGCCAAAAACAGAGAGGGACGCGUUGGGAUGAUCCCUGUCCCUUAUGUAGAGAAAGUGGUGCGACCCUCUCCCCAUCCUGGCCAUCCUAUCCAUGGAUCUCGCAAUUCCAACAGCUAUGGGAUCCCAGAGCCGGCCCACGCCUACGCUCAGCCCCAGACGCCCCCUGGCACACCUGGAGCAGUUAUCUCCCCCUUACCCUCAGUGCAGAAUGGCCCGGUCAUUGCAAAGGCUAUCCAGAAACGAGUGCCUUGUGCUUAUGACAAAACAGCUCUGGCUCUAGAGGUACAGUAUGUCAUCCAUCAGUUCUCUCUAAAAUUAUAGGUUGCUUUAAAAACU